AAAUUUUCGGAACUUUGACAAUCAAAAAUAAAACAUAAAAUCAAUUGCACUUUGGAAAAUUUAUAGUAGCUGAAAUAAUUCUUUUAAAAGUAAUGUCAUAUAAACAGUGCGCUAUUUUAAAAUCGAAAAUGGUUAUUACAAACUAAUAUUUUUAUAAGUAAUCGUUCAAAAUUAACGUAUGCAAUGAAAGUUUAAUGGUUUCCAUUGUUAACACUUUCCAAAGCAUCUAUUUAAAUAUUCUUUAGAAAUAUUUUACUAAAUUUUCAACAUAUUUAAAUCUUUAUAUUAAAAAUUCUUUGAUGAGAAGAUAUAGAAAAUUAUUAAUUUUUAAAAUUAGUCAUUAAACUAUUUUAAUAUGAAAAUUUUUAUCAUAUUCAUAAUUUAACAUUAACCUUACCAUAUCCGGUCAAAUAACCGAUUUUAAAAUUUAAUUUAAAAGUGUACAUUCAUUGUUAUAUCUUUUGUUCAUCCAAUUUCAUGUAAAUUAUUAUACUAACAAAAAUUGAGAAAUUGAUUAAUCAGGUAAUGUAAGAAUUUACAUAAAGUUAGAUGAACAAAAGAAAUAACAAUGAAUAUUCAAUUUUAAAUUAAAUUUUGAAACCGGUCAUUUGACCGGGCCUAGUAAGGUUAAUAUUAAUAGUACAUCCUUAUAUUUUUCAAGCACUAUCACGAUCAGAAAAUGUGAGUCUAAAUUUUCAUUCAUUACAGUGUUAUUACUAUCUUAAUUAAAAAAAGCAACUUGAAAAAAUUAUUAAAUAUUUCAAGAUCAUUUGAUCAACGUGUAUCCAUUAAUUGCAAAUUAAUCUCAAAUUUUCUCAGAAAUGUUUUUCGUACAGUGACUCAACCGUUGUACAGCGAUGUAAGUAGGGAUAACACUUGUACGGCGUUCACGCAACAUCUUCAAGCUACAUCAUGUGUAGUUGAAAAGUCACCAGUAUUGUUCGCGCUGUGUUCUCUACAAUUUCGACGGUGCGUCGCGCGUUCCCCGUAUCCUUCGAUCAUCUAUAGCUUCUUUUUAAAUUGUACAACAAUCUAAUUGACGUAGAUAGAUUCACGAAUUCUAAAAAAGGGAAAAAUAUGAAUUGUCUGUCAUAGAAAGCGUAAGCUUUUAAUAUAGUGUGUUCGAUAAAGUAGUGAUUAAAUGUACAAACUACGAAAGUGUUUGGAACCGAUUUCACACGUGAACUGUAAUCGUACGAACAACCGUCAAGAAAAAUAGCGAUAAAUCUCUGUACUUCGUUAACAUUCAAGGUAACGAUAUAUAUAGCUUCUUGUUGAAACACUUGCAAAUAAUUAAUUGUCAAUAAAAAUAAAUAAAUAAAAUUGUAUGUUAGCCAAUAACGACAAUGUAACGAUAUAUCUCUCUCAUGAAGAAAUCGUUUCUUCGAAAUAUAUUUCGUAAGAAUUACGAAAAGUGAGUUUUUAACUAAAGUGUAAUGCUUUUAAUUUUUCAAAAGUUACACCAAAUGUCAAGUAUAUCAAAUACUUUAUUUUAUAUUUACAAAAAAAUUGAAAAGCAUCGUUUGUUAGUUAUUGCAAGCGACAAUAAAGAGAUUAUUUUUUGUAUUACAAAACUGGCUUCAGUUUUUGGGAAAUUUAUAAAAGGAGGGGGGUACAGCCGUUACCUGAAGAACAUGUAGCCCGCAUCUUUUAUUCGAUGUCGUCUCGACCUAUAUUUUCGUACUGUUAGUUACACGUCGCCCUUUCAAUUCCACACUUCCUCUUUUUUUUCUUUUCUCUACUCUUGCGUCACCCAUGAAAUUUACCGGUAAACUUAAUCGACGACAUGAUAAACUAUGUAAAUUUAUGCAGGAAACAAUCUAUUUUCUAAAUACGGUGUAUUGUUGAUAACCUAAGGAUAGAAGACAUCUAUUAAAACAAGUGAAAAGAUACGUUUCAAUAUGUUAGUUAUGUUUAUGUAACGCUACAGUUGAUUUAAAAACAAUUCUAACCAUAUUCAUGUAAUAUUGCUCAAUAUAUUGAUCUGUAAUACUGAUAAUAUGUAUAUCUUUGAAUUGUGAUAUUUUAUCCUUUGUAUCGUAGUGUAUAUGUGUAAUAGCUUCGAGUAUUCAGUUAAUUUUAAUGUUUGAAGAUAAUUAGCUGCCUUCUUUCUCUUUCAAGAAAUUACUCUCGUUUAGCGAUAAUAUGAUGCUAAUAUAUACGGACGGCGCUAUUUUUAAUGAUUUACUUGAUCUAAUAGGAAUGACUUGUACACAUGUGCACGAUGCAUCACGUAACUAAGAUAGAAGAAAUUUACAGAGCCAGGAAAAAUCAUAAUUUUUUAAAUUAAUAAAAUACCAGGAUUUAUUAUCAAUCUGUUUUUAGGGGAAAUUCUAAUCACUUAUUAUAAAUCUUUAUAACUGUAUCUAUUUUAAAAUGUAUUAAAAUGUAUCUAUUUCUUGAAAAAAUUCAGUCAUACCUAAAUCUCUUAUCUCCUUUCUUUUUCCGAAGUUUAAAAUAUUGUGUCUUCUUUGAAAAUUUAUACUGCCUUUUCUUUAUUUUUUUUUUUUUUUUUUGUCGAAAUCCAGUGUAAGUACGUUUGCAGCCUUUCUUUUUAGCAAUGGUUGCCAUUCGUAUUUUGUGAAUGACACCGGUGGUCUACGUGCUCAAAAUACAAGAUAUGUUCACGACAAAAAGGUUCAAAGAAUUCGAAUCGUUCAGCAUAUAUCGCCACUCAGAAUCGUACUUUCUCGGCAUAAAGAAUCACAAGGAACUCGCCUUCUCCCGAUUCGUGAUUUAUACUCUUCAUCGUCGUUCUUACAUUUACGUUGCCUUUAACUGCACUAAAAAAUUUAUUGACUUGCUGUAGUUUGAUUGUCUGCCGCAGUUGUUCAUUCACCAAUUACACUCAAUUUGUUUUUAAUUGAAUUUCAAUAAGCUUACCGUGUAAAAUGUUUAUUAACGUCGAAUAGAGUAAACUUUUCAGUUAGGCGAUGCUUAAGAUAAUUAAUUCGCGUGAAUCACAUGAUUUAAAUUUCUUUCACUAUGUUAACGAAGUUAAUCGUUUGCAAAUCUUUGGAAUAUUUACAAUUACUUCGUAAUAAUUUUAUCAAUAAUGUUAAUGAUUUAAUCAUCUUAAACAUCAGCUGGCUCGAAAAUUUAUUCCAAUUGGCAAACGUUAAUGAACCUUUUUAUCUUCGAGUCGAAUUUUGCCAAAGUUAAAUUUUUGAAUUUGAACAUUUUUUUGUACAAGGUUACUGUAAGUAAUUCACUUGUUGUUCCAUUACCCUGUAUAUUAUCUUAUCAUCGAGGUUCAAAUUGCAAUGAUAAUAUACGUGAUAGAAAAUAUAAAUAUUUACGUAUAUACUUUUAUGAGUACCAAGAAAAUUAGCCUAAAAUCUAAUCGCAGGUGACGCAAAAAUUUCUUGCAAAUGUUUCACAAUUUCGGUCACGUUCAUGUCAUCCAUACGUGUCGUUUCCACGUAAAACUUUUCAAACACGAUAAACGUUUUUUACGUUAUAUAAUUAACAUCUGGCUGUGUACUUUUGUCACUCAUACGCUCAAUUUUUUAUAGAGAUAAUUUCUGAUGACUUUCUCGCUUAAAACUGGAAAUAUCGAUAAAACUUCUUUUCCACUAGUCUUUCAUGUAAUUAGAAUUGCAUCAAAAUAUAUUUUAGCUAUUUUCGUAUACUUUGCUAAAAAGUUUACUUCAGAAUCUAUUCUUUUUUUCAAUUUUUCCAUCUUUUGACAUAAAUUCAGUUCUUAUCAUAAUUAACGAUUCUCGCGAUAAAUAAUUGGCAAUUAAUUAUGACUAUGUCAUAUGAAAUAAUUAAAGAAACUGUAAAAACGAUGUUAAAUUAAUCUUUUUUCUGUUCUGCUAUCCUUCAAGUGUGUUUCUAUGACCUAACUAAUUGCUAUCUUAAGCAACUCAAUGCUUCAAUUAACCAGUUAAUUCAAUUUAGCUUUCGCCUAAUUAAACACCCUAUUUCACCAUCUCUAACGAGAAUGAUCGGCUAAUUAAAAGGAUUUAAUCUCAAUUGGGUGACUAGAAUGUAUAGUUUUUACAAUCAAUUUACUUAAUUACAAAUUAAUAAAUAUCCGCAGUCUAGUCAUUAGACACAUGUUCGCCAUUGUUUAUUUUACGUUAUUCAUUCACCUUGACGAUUCCAAACAAUAACUUACGAGUUCGAUGGUUUUCAAAAAAAGCUAAGGGAUCCGUCAUAUAAUAAUACAAAACUGGCUUAAUUAGCGGAUACCAUCGCGACACGGAAAUAAGCCUUGAAAAUUGAUAAAACAAACGAUUUAACAAGCCGUCGCGCAUUCUCCUCCAACGAUAAUCAACCGGUCAGCUACACCGUUGAUAAGCGAUAAUUCAAAAACAUAUUACGCAUAUAAUGUGUAUGUGGAACGUGUUAGAUGACAGUGAGUAAUGAGGCAGUCGAGCGUUAAUUACAAUGAGACCAGACUUUCAAUUGCGGGUCCAGGAGGAGGAGGAGGUCCUGCCAAUGCCUGAAAAGCCUGAAUGGCAGGAACUCUCCACGGAGGAUUCUUCAAUGUCUGGGCUCGUCGGAUCUUUACGUGGCUUGGAGGAUAAUAGUGGGAACACAGGGCAACCGUAUCGUAGGCACAGCCUCGCUUUAUCUCUCCACUCGAAUUUAGGCGCUUUUCCGCUUCCUAACAAUCAAGAAGCUUCGCCUUUUCACGUCGUCGAUUCAGCACGAAGAAGAUUCAGUAAUGUCAGCGACGUUGUUUCCAGAAAGAUUUCUCAUACGAUUCGAUGGAGAACGGUUUCAGCUUCGAUCGAGCUCACAGUAUCACAGGGAUCGUCGUUAUGUGCUCAAUACAUCCGAAAUCGUUUAAAACGAUCUGGAAUUUUUCACCGAAAGCUGGGUCUGAAAAGAAUGAGAAGCGCCAUGUUGCUUCCUGGAGGUGCAGUCGUUGGCGAAGUUUAUCCAGAAUUAGUAUCAGUUGGAGCUGAACUGGAAAAGAUGCAUCCAAAUUUGUUCAAUCGUGUUGCACGACAAAUCGGUUGUGGUAGUUUCUCAUCAGAACAGUCUGCCAGCGAGGCCAUUGCCGAUAUCUCCAGGGAAAUGAUCAGGAAUGGAGAAAUGACUUGGAGCAAAGUGAUAGCCCUUUACGCGGUUGCUGGUGGUAUUGCCGUAGAUUGCGUACGUCAGGGUAAACCUGAAUAUUUACCUGCUAUACAGAGAGGUAUGACGGAUGUAUUAGAAGAAGACCUUGCAGCAUGGAUACAAGCUAACGGUGGAUGGUCCGCUUUAGCAACACGAUACAGACCUGUUACAAAAGAAACAACGUGGUAUUCACGGAAACUUAUAUUUUUAUUUUUAUUCACCGUCUUGCUCAUUUUUAUGAUCUCUAUAUUUUUAAAAUUUGUAGUUUUAUAAUACAUAUAAUUAUGUAAUAUAAUUACAUAAAAAAGUGACUUAUACUGUAUAGUA